UUGCAAAUUCUGUGGUGGAUUCUGCUAACUCAUCCAUGUGCUCUUAUUUUGAAAGCUACAUGUGUUUGCUUUUAUUUUGAAGGCGGGUCUAACACGUUCUUACCGUAACGCCGUAUGGUGUGUUAUAUUAACACUGAAAGUCUGAACUUGGAGCUCAGAACAACGUUGAAGAUUCUGACACAUGUGUAGACCUUGAACACACCAUUAGCAGCCGGACACUCUAUAUGUGCUGCAAUGUAAAUAAUCUAACUAACGGGUUUGUAACUUUCCCUGCACAUGUAUGAGAUGUUUACUUCCUGUUUCCCUGCAGAUCUCCCCAGAAGAAGAAGUCUGAAGUCAUGGAGGAGCAGAGCGGCUCUCCUGCUGCCAACGCCGACAACAACGGCCAGAGGAACGGAGACGAGAAGCCUCGUCGUGGCAGCUGGACCAAAGGGAGGAAGAGGAAGAAGCCGAUGAAGGACAGCAACGCCCCCAAAGCGCCGCUGACGGGCUACGUCCGCUUCAUGAACGACCGGCGGGAGCAGCUCCGCGCCGAGCGCCCCGACGUCCCCUUCCCCGAGAUCACCAGGAUGCUGGGCAACGAGUGGAGCAAGCUGCCCCCCGAGGAGAAACAGAGAUACCUGGACGAGGCGGAGCGAGAUAAGGAGCGCUACAUGCGGGAGCUGGAGAAAUACCAGAAGACGGAGGCCUACAAACAUUUCACCAGGAAGGUUCAGGAGAAGCAGAAGGGCAAGAGGCACCGGGGAGAUGUCGGGCACCAGGCGGCCAACGAGGCUCUUCACGAGAAGGACGGCGAGGGGAAGGACCGGACUGUGUUUGACAUUCCCAUCUUCACCGAGGAGUUCCUCAACCACAGCAAAGCGCGUGAGGCGGAGAUGCGUCAGCUGCGUAAGACCAACAUGGAGUACGAGGAGCGUAACGCGGCGCUGCAGAAACACGUGGAGAGCAUGCGCGGCGCCGUGGAGAGGCUGGAGGGGGACGUGAUGCAGGAGAGAGGACGCAACGGGCUGCUGCACCAACACCUGGAGACCCUCCGCCAGGCCCUCACCUCCAGCUUCUCCUCCGUCCCUCUGCCAGCGAGCGGGGAGACGCCGACUCUGGACACCAUCGACUUGUACAUGAAGAAGCUCCACAGCAUCAUCGUCAGCAACCCGCAGGAACACGAGAACCUCAUCAACACCGUGAGAGACGUGGUCAACCGCCUGGACAGAUAAUUGAAGCGGUUCCUGCUGACGGAUGGAUUCUGAGAAAACUCCUGAAGCUGAAUCUUCCCGUCCAUUGAAUUGAUUUUAAAACAUCUUUUAUUCUUCCGCUAAGGUGACGUAGGUGAAGGUGAUGUAGCGCCUCAUAUUUAUUUAUUAUUGUUUUUUUAUUAACUGUUCACACUUUAAUAUAGCUGUAGUUUGUUUAUAUCGACAUGUAGGACGUGAAAAGGUUUUUUUCUGUCACUCCUGUUCUGUCUUUAACUGUCAGAACGAUAUCUAAAGAUGUUCUGAUCAAAGACUUUCCUUUUUUUAUGCUCUGUUGAAGAAAAACAUGUGCCAUUUAUUUCCUUUUUCCUGUGUGAGAAAGUGUUUGUGUUUCCAAUAAAUGUAUUUACAUCAUGUAAA